AUGAAGUUCUUCGCUACCGCUCUCUCUGCCAUCUCCCUCGGCGCCGUCGCCGUUAGCGCCGCUCCCAUCGAGAAGAGGCACUCGGCUGUCGCCACCUACUUCUACCAGGGCGGCAACCCCGGCUCGUGCGGUGUCACGCACAGCGACAGCGACUACGUUGUUGCCAUCCCCGCCAGCUACCACAACCCUGACAACUGCUUCAAGAAGAUCCAGAUCAGCCACAACGGCAAGACCAUCGAGGCCACCAUCGCCGACACGUGCCCCACGUGCCCUGGCAUGAACAUCGACCUCUCCGUCGCUGCCUUCCAGGCUCUUGGCUCCAUGGACGCUGGCGAGCUCGACGUCGAGUGGGCCGGCAACUGGUAA